AUGGACAAGGACAAUCGUGAUGACUUUACUUUUGCAAAGCUAUCCAACCUGAAGCUUCCAGUCACGUUUCGUAUUUCUCAGCUCGAAGGAACCAGGCAGCCCAACUCGAUUACACAACUCCUGGAGAAACCUGAGCUGAGGUUUCAUGGGGUGCAGCUGCCGACGCUCUCGGACCUGUAUGUUACAUGCCAGCUGGUCGCGGACAACAAGCCCUUGACGAUCCCCUUUCGCACCUCCUUCAAGGCGUUCAAGAACAGUUACACGUGGAAUGAGUGGAUAACGUUCCCCGUCCGCUAUUGUGACCUGCCACUCAACUCUCAGAUCACCUUCACCGUAUGGGAUAUCGGUGGUCCACGCAGUGCAAUUCCGGUGGGAGGAUCCACGUUCAGGAUGUUUGGGAAAAAGUGGACACUCAGAAGAGGGAAGCAUCGCCUUUUGCUAUGGGCGGGCAAGGAAGCCGAUGGCUCAGUUGAGACCACGACACCUAGCAAGGUUGGGACCAAGGAUGAAAUGGGAAGGUUGGAGAAGCUGGUCAAGAAGUACGAGCGCGGAGAUCUUCCCAAGAAUGACUGGUUAGACAAGAUGGCCUUCAGAAAGAUGGAAGAAAUCCAUGCGGCUGAAGCUGAGAAAUCUGAGAACAUGUUUUUGUACAUCGACCUACCUCGAUUCGACUUCCCUGUCAUAUUCUGCGAACCUCACAAUCCAAACUUGGCCUCUACGUCUAGCCUUCCACCACCAACGGCCCAGCCAAACAUCACGCCUGCACUGCCUGCUUCCUUCAACACAGAUCCACACUUGUGGGCCAUUGUGGACCCCGAGAUUGUCCGCGAAAACCCAGUGGAAGACAAACACCGGCGCCUCGUCCGAAGCCAUCGCAGUAGCCCGUACGACCGAGAGUUGAAGCCCAACGCCAAAAUCAGAGAUGAACUUGGGGAAAUACUGGCUUACCCUCCAGGUCAGAUGCUCACGUCAGAGGAGAAGGACUUGAUCUGGAAGUUUAGAUUCUAUCUGACUCGUGAGAAGCGCGGCCUCACCAAGUUCCUCAAGUCAGUCACUUGGAGAGAUCCGUCCGAGGUGAAGCAGGCGGUUGAGGAGCUGCUUCCAAUGUGGACGGAGAUAGACACCGAUGACGCGCUCGAGCUUCUGGGACCUGGAACGGUAGACUCCCGCGUGAGGGCGUUUGCGGUCAAACAGCUCAGUCGGGCGGAUGACGAGGAACUUCUGCUGUAUCUAUUGCAGCUAGUUCAAGCGUUAAAGUUCGAAAACGCUGCCAGCGAUCAAAGGUCAACGCGCUCACUGACCAACGCAAUAUCUUACGAUGACAGUGGUUUGACUGAUUUCCUCGUUGAACGCGGUGUGCACAAUGCCAUCCUUGGGAACCGGCUGUACUGGUAUCUUAUGGUAGAGGUCGACUUGAACAAGGACGACAGGGUUGUUGCCAAGAUGUAUGGCAAGGUGGUGUUCAAGUUUUUGCAGCGGGUGGUCGAGUCGGAGAACGGUAGCGAGCGCCGCGAAAUGAUGCGUCGACAAGGCGUUCUCGUUGAAACCUUGAGCAAGCGUGCAAAGGAGCUACGAACCAACAAGGACCCACGGCCGAAGAAGAUUGAGAAACUUCGCUCGUUCAUUAGCGAUUCAAAGAACGGGCUGAUUAACAUGUCGCCGAUCCCGCUUCCGCUGAGUGCGCACAUUACCAUCACGGGCAUCAUCGCGGACAAGUCCUCCAUCUUCAAGUCGAACCAGUAUCCGUUCUUGCUGUACUUUCAGUGCGUGGAUGGGUCCGAGUUCCCCGUUAUCUUCAAGGACGGCGACGAUAUGCGACAGGAUCAGCUAGUAAUUCAGCUGUUUACGCUUAUGGACCAACUGUUACGGAAGGAGAAUUUGGACCUGAAGCUGAGCCCGUACGCGGUGCUCGCGACGGGGCCUCAGCAGGGUAUGGCGCAGUUCAUCCCAAGCAAGUCAAUCGCUGCCAUUGUUAGUGAGAAUGGGACGCUCUUGAACUUUCUGAGGGCAAACAACCCGGACGAGGGGAGUGUGGGAACGUACGGGGUCGAACCCAGUGUGAUUGAUACGUUUGUGAGGAGCUGCGCUGGAUACUGUGUUGUUACGUAUCUUCUCGGAGUGGGAGACCGACAUCUGGAUAACUUGCUGCUUUCGCCGGAUGGUCAUUUCUUCCAUGUGGAUUUUGGGUAUAUAUUAGGGCGCGACCCAAAACCGUUCCCGCCGCCUGUCAAGGUUUGUAAGGAGAUGGUUGAUGGAAUGGGUGGCGCGCAGUCAACGCAUUAUGCGCGGUUCAAGAACUUCUGCUUCACCGCGUUUACUAUUCUGCGAAAGAAUGCGAACCUGAUCCUGAACUUGGUCGCGCUUAUGGUGGAUGCGAACAUCCCAGACAUCAAGCACCGUGAUGUCCAUGAGCAAAUACAAGAGAAAUUCCUGCUUGAUCUGACGGAGGAGGAAGCGAUCAAGCACUUUGAGGCGCUGUUGAACGAGACGUCGUACUUUACGGUUGUGCUGGACCGUAUACACGACUUGGCGCAGUACUGGCGGAGUUAGACAAAGCGGAAUUAUGUUGGGUUUAGUUAUGUGUUAUGUUAGACAAGCAUAAUAUGUUGACUUUUU